AGCGAAAGCUGAGAGAAGAGGUUCUCGUCCGUCAGCUCUCAAUAAGCCGCGCCUUGCUCUCCGGAGACAAAAAACACCUCGAUCCGAUCGGAAAAACCCAGAAUCUCUCUCUGGUUCGACCUCGGAAGGUCGGAGAGUCGUCGAUCAUGGAGGAACGAAUCGAGGACGACGACGGGGACAAGUUAACAUCUCUAAGCACGGUUCCUCCCCAUCGGAAAAUGCAUUGCUACAGUCAACAACUAGGCGUACCUAGACACGAAAGGCCUCAACUAAUGAGAAAGCACAGUCUUGAAGAAGUGCGAUAUCCUAAAGACGUCAACAGAUACUACGACUCCUCUGAUGAUGAAUUCUAUCCCUCCGGUGGUGGUGGCGGCAAUGGCAGGCGGUUUGGUGGUAUUGCUAGUGCCAGCGAGCGGGAGUAUGUCAGCCAUUUUUUGGAGCAGAAGCUGUCGGAUGGUUCAGACGAGCAGCGACGAUCGUUGCCGGAGUUUAUAGGCAGUGGUGGAGGGAAUGGGAUCUUUAAGGUGCCACUUCGUGCCGCGAUGCAUCCCAAUCGCCCGCCGAGCUUGGAAUUGAGGCCUCACCCGUUGAGGGAAACACAAGUGGGGUGCUUCUUAAGGACAAUUGUGUGUACUGAGACUCAGUUGUGGGCUGGGCAGGAAGAUGGUGUAAGGUUUUGGAGUUUCUCUGAUAUGUAUACGACCUGGUACGGAAUUAGGGGAAGGGCUCGCAGAGGGGACGAAGAUGCAGCGCCGUUCCAUGAGUCGGAUCAGACGUCUGCGACGAUGUGUAUGGCUGUGGAUGAGGGAAAUAGGCUGAUUUGGACGGGGCACAAGGAUGGGAAGAUUAGGUCGUGGAAGAUGGAUCAGUCCUUGGAUGGGACUUCUUUCAGGGAAAGUCUCGCAUGGCAUGCCCAUCGCGGGUCUGUUCUAUCUAUUGUUAUGUCUGCUUACGGUGAUCUAUGGUCAGGUUCUGAGGGAGGUUCUGUUAAAAUAUGGACUUGGGAAUCAAUAGAAAAAGCUUUUUCACUAACAGCAGAGGAAAGACAUAUGGCUGCUUUUUUAGUGGAGAGGUCAUAUAUAGACCUCAGAACCCAAGUUACUGUUAAUGGUGUGUGCUCCAUACCUGCUACAGAUGUGAAGUAUCUUUUAUCUGAUAAUUCAAGAGGAAAAGUGUGGAGUGCUGGCUACCAGUCGUUUGCAUUGUGGGAUGCACGUACAAGGGAACUUAUGAAAGUAUUUAAUGUAGAUGGUCAAAUUGAAAAUCGUUUUGAUAUUCCACCAGUUCAGGAUUCUUCUGUAGAGGAUGAUAUAAAGGCUAAGUUUACUUCUCUAUUAAAGAAGGAGAAGCCACAAGGUUCCAUUAGCUUCUUGCAGCGCUCACGAAAUGCUCUGAUGGGAGCAGCUGAUGCUGUCCGUAGAGUAGCAGCUAAGGGGGCAUUUGGAGAUGAUAAUAGGAGAACUGAAGCGAUAGUCCUAACAAUAGACGGAAUGAUUUGGACAGGAUGUACAAAUGGGUUACUUGUGCAGUGGGAUGGAAAUGGGAAUAGGUUAAAAGACUUUCACCACCAUCCUUUUGCUGUCCAAUGCUUUUGUACUUUUGGGACACGAUUAUGGGUAGGCUAUAUAAAUGGUACUGUGCAGGUACUAGAUCUUGAGGGCAACCUGCUUGGAGGAUGGAUUGCACACAAUAGUCCUAUUAUAAAAAUGGAUGUUGGAGUGGGUUAUGUGUUCACAUUAGCUAACCAUGGUGGAAUUCGUGGAUGGAGCAUUAUGUCUCCAGGCCCUCUUGAUAACAUAUUGCGAUCAGAAAUGACCAGAAAAGAACAUCUAUAUAUGAAGCUAGAAAAUCUGAAAAUAUUGACAGGCACUUGGAAUGUUGGACAAGGAAGAGCUUCUCAUGACUCACUUAUCUCUUGGCUGGGUUCUGCAGCAUCAAAUGUUGGCAUUGUCGUUGUUGGAUUGCAAGAAGUGGAAAUGGGUGCUGGUUUUCUUGCAAUGUCUGCAGCAAAAGAAACUGUAGGACUUGAGGGGAGUUCUAUUGGGCAAUGGUGGCUUGAUACCAUAGGAAAAACCUUAGAUGAGGGAUCGACUUUUGAACGUAUUGGUUCUAGGCAGCUGGCAGGCCUGCUAAUAGUUAUUUGGGUUAGAAAAAAUCUUAGAGCACAUAUUGGAGAUGUUGAUGCUGCAGCAGUUCCAUGUGGCUUUGGGCGUGCUAUUGGUAAUAAGGGAGCUGUAGGCUUGCGGAUGAGAGUAUACGAUCGGAUAAUUUGUUUUGUGUGCUGUCACUUUGCUGCACACAUGGAAGCAGUCAAUCGCCGUAAUGCUGAUUUUGAUCAUGUAUAUAGAACAAUGAUCUUCAGCCGUCCAUCUAACCAGCUUAAUCCUGCUUCUGCUGGUGCCUCAUCUACCAUUCAGGUUCUUCGUAGUGCAAAUGCAGUUCAAGAAGAUGGGAAGCCUGAGUUGUCUGAAGCAGACAUGGUUAUAUUUCUUGGUGAUUUCAAUUAUCGGCUUCAUGGCAUUUCUUAUGAUGAAGCAAGGGACUUUGUUUCUCAAAGGUGCUUUGAUUGGCUUAGAGAAAGGGAUCAACUUAGAGCAGAAAUGAAGGCUGGGAAAGUUUUCCAAGGGAUGCGUGAAGGGGUCAUAACAUUUCCUCCCACAUACAAGUUUGAAAGGCACCAAGCAGGUUUAGCAGGAUACGACUCCAGUGAGAAGAAACGCAUCCCUGCCUGGUGUGACAGGGUAUUAUAUCGUGAUAGUCGGUCAUCUUCAGCAUCUGAAUGCAAUUUAGGGUGCCCUGUAGUUUCUUCAAUUUCACAGUAUGAGGCGUGCAUGGAUGUCACAGACAGUGAUCACAAACCUGUUCGUUGCAUUCUUAGUGUUGAUAUUGCUCGGAUAGAUGAGUCAAUAAAGAGAGAAGAGUUUGGAGAUGUCAUCAGAUCUAAUGAGAAAAUUAGGUCCUUGCUUGAAGACUUAUGUGAUGUUCCUGAGACCAUUGUUAGCACGAACACCAUAAUCCUUCAAAACCAGGACACUUCCAUUCUAAGAAUCACCAACAAAUCUGGUAAAGACAGAGCUUUGUUUGAAAUUAUUUGUGAAGGUGAGGCCGUUAUAGAGGAUGGUGUAGCAUCUGAUCAUCGUGUAAGAGGCUCCUAUGGAUUUCCCCGCUGGCUUCAGGUCACUCCAGCAUCUGGUGUAAUUAAACCUGGCCAUAUUGCUGAGGUCUUGGUGCGUCCUGAGGAAUUUAAUACCAUAGAACAGUUUGUUGAUGGCAUUCAACAGAGCAUUUGGUGCGAGGACAACCGAGACAAGGAAGUGAUACUGGUGGUGAAUGUUCGAGGCAGUUGCAGCACUGAGGCAAGAAACCACUGGAUUCAUGUGCGUCAUUGUUCUUCAUCCAAAACCAAACGCUCUAACUCAAAAUCCAGCAACUCUAGAAGAUUCCAAGCCAAUGUCCUUCACCGAUCUGAUUUCCGAAACCUGAGUGCCCCCUCUGAUGUGGCCGAUGACUUCCGCAAUUUGCAUAUUCCGUGAAAUGGCAGAAGAUUGAAAGGUGGGAAUGAAAUCCAUGCAUCAUUCUGUGCAAUGGCCGGUGCAGGCAUGCUUGUGACUAGGCGUCCUUUUCUACACCAGCAUACAUGCAUCUGAAUGUAAAUACCCUCGUAGCCUGGAUACCAUUUUUAUGUAUAAUGGGACAGGGUCGAUCGAUUGUUUACUAGAAUUUUUGUCCAUUCCGCUGCAAUUGACGGAGCCAAUUCUUUAAACCCCAUCCCGAGUUUCUCUUUAAUGUUUAAUCAAAUCACAUUGUAAUAUUCUUAGAGUACCAUAUAUUCUUAUUUGUGUAAAAAGAAAUACAGCAAGCAGCAGGAGUGGUAAUUUGCUUUUGUUCCUUGUAAAAGCCAUCUGAAUGACGGAUUAUUGGUUUUGUUUUGUAACAGGUGAAAGGGAAAUAGAACUCUAAGCUCAACUAAUGGCUUUCAAGAAAUCUUGUUUUUUUUUCUUUUGGUUAAUAUUUACCUCAGUUUGUAUUUAAGUUAUUACGUAUAGAAUCAAGAUUUUUGAAUC